GCCCGGCCCGACCCGGGCAGCGCAGCGGCGGGGCGAGCGGCGGCGCGGCGCGGCAACAUGGCGACGGUGCCCGUGUACUGCGUCUGCCGGCUCCCCUACGACGUUACCCGCUUCAUGAUCGAGUGCGACGCCUGCAAGGACUGGUUCCACGGCAGCUGUGUUGGGGUGGAAGAGGAGGAGGCGCCAGACAUUGACAUCUACCACUGCCCAAACUGCGAGAAAACCCACGGGAAGUCUACCCUGAAGAAGAAGCGGACGUGGCACAAGCACGGCCCGGGGCAGACGCCCGACGUGAAGCCCGUGCAGAAUGGCAGCCAGCUCUUCAUCAAGGAGUUGCGGAGCCGGACCUUCCCCAGUGCUGAAGAUGUGGUGUCCCGUGUGCCCGGCAGCCAGCUCACCCUGGGUUACAUGGAGGAACAUGGCUUCACUGAACCCAUCCUUGUCCCUAAGAAAGAUGGGCUGGGCCUGGCUGUCCCCGCCCCCACGUUCUAUGUCAGUGACGUUGAGAACUAUGUGGGGCCAGAGCGGAGCGUGGACGUGACCGACGUCACCAAGCAGAAGGACUGCAAGAUGAAGCUGAAGGAGUUCGUGGACUAUUACUACAGCACCAACCGCAAGCGGGUCCUCAACGUCACCAACCUCGAGUUCUCUGACACCAGAAUGUCCAGCUUCGUGGAGCCGCCUGACAUUGUGAAGAAACUGUCCUGGGUAGAAAACUAUUGGCCUGAUGACGCUCUGCUGGCCAAGCCCAAAGUGACCAAGUACUGCCUGAUCUGUGUGAAGGACAGCUACACAGACUUCCACAUCGACUCUGGGGGAGCCUCUGCCUGGUACCACGUGCUCAAGGGGGAGAAGAUCUUCUAUCUCAUCAGGCCGGCCUCGGCCAACAUCUCCCUGUAUGAGCGCUGGCGGUCGGCCUCCAACCACAGCGAGAUGUUCUUUGCCGACCAGGUGGACAAGUGCUACCGGUGCACCGUCAAGCAGGGCCAGACUCUCUUCAUCCCCUCAGGCUGGAUUUACGCCACGCUCACGCCUGUGGACUGCCUGGCCUUCGCGGGACACUUUCUCCACAGCCUGAGUGUGGAGAUGCAGAUGAGGGCAUAUGAGGUGGAAAGGAGGUUGAAAUUGGGCAGCCUGACUCAGUUUCCCAACUUUGAAACUGCCUGCUGGUACAUGGGGAAGCACCUGCUGGAGGCUUUCAAAGGUUCUCACAAGUCUGGGAAACAGCUGCCCCCUCAUUUAGUCCAAGGAGCUAAAAUUCUCAAUGGUGCUUUCAGGUCAUGGACAAAGAAGCAGGCCCUGGCGGAGCACGAGGAUGAGCUCCCUGAGCACGUCAGGCCCUCCCAGCUCAUCAAGGACCUGGCCAGAGAGAUCCGGCUCAGUGAGAAUGCCUCCAAAACCGUCCGACCAGAAGUGAAUGUUGUCGCCUCCUCUGAUGAGGUCUGUGACGGGGACAAGGAGAAGGAGGAGCCCCCAUCUCCCCUCGAGGCCACCCCACCUCGGUCCCUCUUGGAGAAAGUGUCCAAAAAAAAGACUCCCAAGACUGUGAAGAUGCCCAAGCCAUCCAAAAUCCCCAAGCCCCCGAAGCCCCCCAAGCCCCCGAAGCCCCCCAAAACUCUGAAGCUCAAGGAUGGAAGCAAGAAGAAAGGGAAGAAGUGCCGGGAGUCAUCCUCGCCCACCAUCCCCAACCUGGACCUGCUCGAGGCCCACACCAAGGAGGCGCUGACCAAGAUGGAGCCGCCCAAGAAGGGCAAGGCUCCAAAGAGUGUCCUGAGUGUUCCCAACAAGGACAUGGUCCACACACAGAAUGACGUGGAGCGGCUAGAGAUCCGCGAGCAGACCAAGAGCAAGUCCGAGGCCAAGUGGAAGUACAAGAACAGCAAACCCGACUCCCUACUGAAGAUGGAGGAGGAGCAGAAGCUGGAGAAGUCGCCCCUGGCUGGGAACAAGGACAAGUUUUCCUUUUCUUUCUCCAACAAGAAACUCCUGGGCUCCAAGGCCCUCAGGCCCCCGACGAGCCCUGGUGUGUUUGGGGCCCUGCAGAACUUCAAGGAGGACAAGGCCAAGCCCGUGCGGGAUGAGUAUGAGUACGUGUCAGAUGACGGGGAGCUUAAGAUCGAUGAGUUUCCCAUCAGGAGGAAGAAGAACGCCCCGAAAAGGGACUUGUCCUUCUUGUUGGACAAGAAGGAGGUUCUUCCCACGCCUGUCAUGAAGCCAAAGCUGGAGUCGGCAGUGUACAAGCACAGUGACGACUCCUCGGAUGAGGGCUCUCUGCACAUUGACACGGACACCAAGCCUGGACGCAACGCCAAAGUCAAGAAGGAGAGUGGCUCGGCAGCUGGCAUCCUGGACCUGCUGCAGGCUAGUGAGGAGGUCGGGGCGCUCGAGUACAACCCCAACAGCCAGCCGCCGGCGUCCCCCAGCACACAGGAAGCCAUUCAGGGAAUGCUGUCCAUGGCCAACCUGCAGGCCUCUGACUCCUGCCUGCAGACCACGUGGGGCGCUGGCCAGGCCAAGGGCAGCUCACUGGCAGCCCAUGGUGGCCGGAAAAACGGAGGUGGCAGCAAGAGCUCAGGCAAGCGGCUGCUCAAGAGGUCGGCCAAGAACAGCGUGGACCUGGACGACUACGAGGAGGAGCAGGACCAUCUGGACGCCUGCUUCAAGGACUCGGACUACGUUUACCCCUCACUGGAGUCUGACGAAGACAACCCUGUCUUCAAGUCCCGGUCGAAGAAGAGGAAAGGCUCGGACGACGCUCCCUACAGCCCCACAGCCAGGGUCGGCCCAUCGGUGCCAAGACAGGACAGGCCUGUGCGGGAGGGGACGAGAGUGGCCUCUAUUGAGACCGGGCUGGCGGCGGCUGCGGCCAAGCUAUCCCAGCAGGAGGAGCAGAAAAGCAGGAAGAAAAAGAGCACUAAAAGGAAACUGACCCCCAGCACCGCCUCUCCCUCCGCCUCUGCCUCGGCCGGCACCACCUCGGCCUCCACCACGCCGGCCUCCACCACCCCAGCCUCCACUACCCCGGCCUCCACUACCCCGGCCUCCACCAGCACGGCCAGCAGCCAGGCCUCUCAGGAGGGCAGCUCACCUGAGCCCCCGCCUGAGUCACACAGCAGUAGCCUGGCUGACCACGAGUACACAGCGGCCGGCGCCUUCGCGGGGGCCCCGGCUGGCCGCGCCUCCCAGCCCAUGGCCCCUGGAGUCUUUCUCACACAGAGGCGGCCCUCUGCGUCGUCCCCCAACAACAACACUGCUGCCAAAGGAAAACGUACUAAAAAGGGUAUGGCCACCGCCAAGCAGCGGCUCGGAAAGAUCCUGAAGAUCCAUCGGAACGGCAAGUUGCUCCUUUAAAGCUCGGAAGCCAGGAUCCUUCUGCUCUGCUCAGGACCCCGGAGCCCCGCCAGAACAUCCGCCCCCCGGGAGGGUGGUCGAGCUGCCUCACCCAGGGAGGGCCUCGCUUCCUCCCAGCCACCACACCCCCAAACGAGCGUCUGUCCCUUGAGCAGGCGGAGCGAGCCAAGCAUGGCCGUCCCUCGUUUUGAAUCCGGACAUCCUUUCUCAAGUUGCUUAGAGUGACCAGUUCCUGAAAAGCGGCCCUGCCAGUUUGAGGAUCAUUCCAAUUUCAGGACAGCCUCCAGGCACCCGGAGCAUGGGUGUGAUUGCGGGGGCCUCCGCAGCUCUGCUGGGAGCACGAGUCCUUCGAGGAAGGUAGAGUGAGCCAAUGCUCACCAGCCCCAGAGUCUGAGCUGGCCACAGGCUGGUAGCCUCCAGAGGCUUAAAAAAAGGCAAAGAACACAGAGAGAAUGAGGAGGAGCAGACGGGAUGUUUACGUGCCCCCUUCGCUUCUCUUCCCGAGCGAUUUCUCAGACAAGUCCAGAGAGCGCUCGGCCGGCAAGGAGAGGUCUGCCCCAGCUGGCAGGUGGCAGUCUAGAUAGUGGGUGUUGCGCCCGAAAUGCCCAGGGGCGUUUCUCUGGGGCGACUAGGACCAGCAGCUGGGUUGGUGUGUGAGCGGGUGGGGGAGCCACCGUGGGAUCCCCAGGGGAGGGCGAGGGCCCGGCCACGUCUCCCACGUCUCGGGGCCCCGGGGGGCCCAGGCUAAGCCUGGUGGAGGGGCCCCACCGACUCUGCCGGCUGCACCCGGGAGAAGCACUUCUCGGCCGAGGCCCCUGCCCCGAGACUGGCGGGCUGGAGGGCGGCCAGGUGGCUGGGGGCCGCGGGAUGGCACUUCUCUGUUCUCCCGGGCUGGCUGGCGUGGGGUGUCGCGGGCACGGCCGUCCCCGGAUGGCUGGCUGCCCCGCGUCGCAGAGGGUCUGGAUUUGUUUCUCAGGCAAUCCUGUAUUUUAAUUUUAGAUGUAUUUCCUGAAGCAUAUUUUUCAUAGAAUGUAGCGUGUAAAUAGCUUUUUAAACGACUUCUUUUUUACAAGAGCAAAAGUAUCUUUAGGAAUUUCUUUCUAUAGAGUCCUUCAUUAACCUUUAUACGAGUUUUUUGCCGACUCUGAUGGACAGUUGGGUUCCAGUGCUUUCUUUUUUUCUUUUUCUUUUUUUUUUUGAUUCUUUUUCCUUCUUUCCUUUUGUUCUCCUCCUCCUCCUUCUUCUUUUUUCUUUUAGGAACUAAGGUAUUGCCUGAAAAACAAGUCUGUCUGUGCAGCCUUACACUCUGUCUUCACAGAAGCAAACAGUACACAAAAGAUGGACUUCAGACACAUUCUGAAGACGACUCCUCAGCUCUCAUACCAGCUCUUUGUUUUCCUUCUUGUAUGACGAGGGGGUCGGGGGACAGUUAUUUUACUAGCACCUUGUGAAGUGUUUUCUGUGUUUUGUGACGCUGUAAUUUAUUAAUGUUUGUAGCUUUUUAUAUUUGUACAUUUCUUAUGAGCUUUGUUUAUAUACCCAUUACCUGGAUGUCUCGUCCACGGGGAGAAGCAGCUUGGCGGAGGCCUUAUCCACCCCCACUGUCCUGUUAGGAGGGACGCCGAGGGACGCCGUCCCCAGGGCCCGAGGCUGGGAGAGGGGAAGUCUCACAGGGCCCCAGGCUUACUCAGAACUGGCGUUUUUAAAGUUUCCUUUCCCUGUCCUUGUUGAACAUUUAUAUAAUCUAACCCGGGCAUCAAGCUGUGUUCUCUCUCUCUCUCUCUCUCUCUCUCCUCUCUCUUUCCUUCUCUCCUUCUCUCCCUCUCUCUCUCUCUCUCUUUUUAAUUUUAUUAUUAUUUUGGCAACAUGUACAUUUCUAACAAAGUUUAUCGUGGCUAUUAAAGUGUUUUAUUUCCCGAUUCAUAUUACUCUUGUAUCGAGUCCAUGAGGUCUAAGGCAACUUAGACCAAAGUUUUAAAAAAGUAAAAAUAUUUCAGGUUUUGUACAGAA